ACAUAGACUCCAUGCAGCCACAAUCGACCCCCACAUACGACCAAAACGUCGGCUCGUUGACAUCGCUCCUCUUCACAAUUCGAUUGCUUUUGCUUGGCUUGUUUUCAAUUUUCAUCAUCAAUCACCUUACACUUCGGCACUCCACUAUCUCUUCUCUCAACUACAAUCCCUUCCAAACCAUGUCGAAGUUCCUGCUUUGGGUUCUCAUGCUACUGCCAUUUCUGCCUCUGUCUUCUUCAUCACACUCUGAAGCAAUAGAGGCUUUGCUCUCACGCCUGGCCACCAAAAGAGCAGCCCCUUCUGUACAAGAGUCUGCUGCCAAGGCUGUACUACAGAGAUUGCUGCCUACCCAUUUGGACAGCUUCCAAUUUGAGAUAGUCUCCAAGGAUGUUUGUGGAGGAAAGAGUUGUUUCUGGAUAAGCAAUUACAACGUGUCGAGCAAGAAUGGGCCUGAGAUAAUGAUUAAAGGCACCACAGCAGUUGAAAUUGCAUCUGGCCUUCAUUGGUACAUAAAAUAUUGGUGUGGUGCUCAUGUUUCUUGGGACAAGACAGGCAGCAUUCAGAUAGCUUCUAUCCCCAAGCCAGGAUCAUUGCCUCUUGUCAAAGAUGAAGGGGUUCUGAUUCAACGUCCAGUCCCAUGGAAUUAUUACCAAAAUGUUGUUACAUCCAGUUAUUCUUAUGUUUGGUGGGAUUGGGAAAGAUGGGAGAAAGAGAUAGACUGGAUGGCUCUACAAGGAGUUAACUUGCCUUUGGCAUUUAAUGGGCAAGAAGCCAUUUGGCAAAAAGUUUUCAUGGAUUUUAACAUUAGUAAGAAAGAUUUGAAUGGUUUCUUUGGUGGACCUGCUUUCCUUGCCUGGGCUCGUAUGGGAAAUUUGCAUGGGUGGGGUGGGCCUUUAUCACAAAAUUGGUUGGAUGAGCAAUUGGUUUUGCAAAAACAGAUACUAUGUCGAAUGCUAGAGCUGGGCAUGACUCCAGUUCUGCCUUCAUUCUCUGGAAAUGUUCCAGAAGCACUCAAAAAGAUAUUUCCUUCAGCAAAUAUAACUAGACUUGGGGAAUGGAACACUGUUGAUAAUAAUACUCGUUGGUGCUGCACUUACCUUCUUGAUGCUUCUGAUCCUUUAUUUAUUCAAAUUGGGAAGGCUUUUAUCAGGCAACAAAUUAAAGAGUAUGGGGAUGUAACGGACAUCUACAACUGUGAUACUUUCAAUGAAAACUCCCCACCUACAAAUGAUCCAGCAUAUAUCUCAUCUCUUGGAGCUGCCAUCUAUAAAGCAAUGUCCCAAGGCGAUAAAGAUUCUGUGUGGUUAAUGCAAGGGUGGCUCUUCUAUUCUGACUCAGGGUUCUGGAAACCACCACAAAUGAAAGCACUUCUACAUUCUGUUCCAUUUGGGAAAAUGGUAGUUCUUGAUCUAUUUGCUGAUGCCAAACCAAUCUGGAGAACAUCCUCUCAAUUUUAUGGCACUCCCUAUAUCUGGUGUAUGUUGCAUAACUUUGGUGGAAAUAUUGAAAUGUAUGGCAUAUUAGAUGCAGUUUCUUCUGGUCCAGUUGAUGCUCGCAUCAGUAAAAAUUCAACCAUGGUUGGUGUUGGCAUGUGCAUGGAAGGAAUUGAGCAAAACCCAGUUGCUUAUGAGCUGAUGUCUGAAAUGGCAUUUCGCAGUGAAAAAGUUCAACUUGUGGAAUGGCUGAAAACCUACUCCUAUAGACGCUAUGGUAAAGCAGUUCAUCAUGUUGAAGCAGCAUGGGAAAUUCUUUACCGCACAAUUUACAACUGUACAGAUGGAAUUGCUGAUCAUAACACAGAUUUCAUGGUUAAUUUUCCAGAUUGGGACCCAUCCCUUAACCCAAGCUCUGAUAUAUCCAAAGAACAGCAUAUAAUACAGAAGAUCCUUACACAAACUGGAAGAAGAAAAAUUUUAUUCCAAGAGACAAGUUCUGAUUUGCCUCAGUCACAUUUAUGGUAUUCUACUCAUGAAGUGGUCAAUGCUUUACGCCUAUUUCUUGAUGCUGGAAAUGAGCUUUCCAAAAGCUCCACAUAUAGGUAUGACUUAGUUGACUUAACUCGGCAGGUACUGUCAAAGCUAGGAAACCAAGUAUAUUUAGAUGCAGUGAUUGCUUUUCGACAGAAAGAUGCGAAAAACUUUCAUCUUCACAGCCAAAAGUUUGUUCAACUUGUCAAGGAUAUUGAUACCCUUCUUGCUUCUGAUGAUAAUUUUCUGCUUGGAACUUGGCUAGAAAGUGCAAAAAAGCUGGCAGUAAAUCCUAGGGAAAUGGAGCAGUAUGAGUGGAAUGCAAGAACUCAAUUGACAAUGUGGUUUUAUGUCACAAAAACCAAUCAAAGCAAACUUCAUGAUUAUGCUAACAAGUUCUGGAGCGGAUUACUAGAAAACUACUAUCUGCCACGAGCUUCAAUGUAUUUCAGUUAUCUGGCAAAAGCCUUGACAGAGAAUAAGAACUUCAAGUUGGAGGAAUGGAGAAGAGAAUGGAUUUCAUAUUCUAACAAAUGGCAGGCAGGUAAAGAGCUCUAUCCUGUGAGGGCCAAAGGGGAUACCCUUGCAAUUUCCAGGGCAUUGUAUGAGAAAUACUUCAACUGAGAAUGAUUUGAGUAGAUGUAAUGUUGUCAAACUUGUUGCAGAUUUCAUGUAAUAAAAUUAUUCUGAGAGGCAAAUUCAGGCCUCAGUUGAACUA